GUUCCUGGGGAUAUGGUUGGCAAGCUCAACCGGCUGUAUCGCCUUCGGGUCAAGUAUGACACUGCUGUGUCAAAUUCCAACAAUCCCAGGAUCAGUGCUACUGUGCUGGGUGCUGGCGCCAAGCUUGCGCGUUGCCAGCGCCAAUUCAAUCUCGAGCUCGCGACCCGCCGCCGUACCGCUGCCCAUACGGGUACUCCAAUGGGAGUUCCCACCCAGAUUCCCAAGACCAGUGCGGACUUCCUGAGCUUGAUCCUGGUUGAGCAGCGCAGGAUCGCAGGCGCUUUGGAGCAGGUCGUCAAGCACAUGGCACACUCGAAUGGCAUGGCCGGUGAGGGUGAUGAUACCGAUGAUUCUGAUGAUCCGAGCACUCUUGGCGACGGUGAGUCGCAGGCUGGUGGCUCGGGGGGCGCUGGUGGUUCGGAUAGUGGUUCUGGAGGGGGUGAGGAGGAUGAGACUGGUGGUGGUGAGGGUGUUGAGGGUGAUGGUGAUGACUGA